AGAUUUUUUUAAAUUGAAGAAAAACUUAAUCAUAAUUUAGAGUUGAUUGUUCUGUUUAAUUAUUUUAGUUAAGUUAAUUAGUUGAUUAUUCUUAGUUAUUAAUAUUCGUGAAUUGGGUUAAUCAAGAUGUCUUCGGCCACUAAACUGAGUAAACAGUAUAAAACUGUUCAUAAGAAUCUGCUUACUGAAAAUGGAGCUGAUCGUAAAGCUAUUGUUGCUGCUAUUCAGUUGUUUAAAGAAUGUGUUUCCUCAUUUGCUGGAGGCGAUGAAGAUGAUGGGAAAAGAGGAGAAGAGCCAAUUGAUUUCGACUUGAUGAGAAAUGUAAUCGAUAUGUGUUUCGUUGAUUUACUUCCAGCAAUUCAUAAAUUUCUUAAAUUACCUUCACCCACUGCGAAAACAGAAGAGACUCCAGAUUCUCGGCCAUUAGAUCCAUCAAAGAGUAAAAAAUGGGAAAAAUUGGUUUGGUGUUUAAAGGUUUAUCUAAACACAAUCUUAAAACUAAUGGACACAACUGCUCAAGAAACUCUGCUAACUAAAUUACUCCGACAUAAUCUUUAUUUAAUCCCUUUCUUUUUACAAUUUAAUAAUUUAUCGAAAAAUUUGUUAAAAAGAGUCAUGUUAAUAUGGAGUCAAGGUGAUGAAAAGAAUCGAGUCUUGGCUUUUCUGAUAAUUUUACGAAUAAUUAGACGAAAUGAAUCAACAAUGAUCAAUUUCAUUAUGAAGAAACUGUACUUGGCUUAUGUUAAAAAUUGUAAAUUAAUCUCCAAAGGUACUUGGCCUUUAAUUACAUUCAUGCAACAAUCUCUCGUUGAAUUGUAUUCUCUUGAUCAAGGAGUCGCCUAUCAACACGCGUUCGUGUUCAUCCGUCAAUGUGCCAUUACCCUUCGUAAUGCCGCCGCUUCAUCGGACAAGGAACCAUUUAAAGCUGUUUACAAUUGGCAAUAUGUUCAAUCGUUACUCUUGUGGGCUCGUUUACUCACAUGUUUACAUCCAAGUGACGUAUUGAAACCGUUAAUUCAUCCAUUCGUUCAAGUUUGUAUUGGAACAAUUAAGCAUUUAUCUGUUGCUCGUUAUUUUCCAUUGAGGUUACAUCUUGUUAAAGCUUUGAUUAAAUUAUCAAUUACAACUAAUACUUUCAUACCAAUUUUACCAUUAAUCACUGAGGUUCUUGAUGUUAUCAAUUAUGAAAAGAAAUUCAAAUCUACUAAACAAAAGAAACGUCUUGAUAUCGAUUGUUUGACCAAAGUGUCACAAAAUUUUACCGAUGAAAAGUUGUACGUUGACGCUUGUGUUACCAAAUCUUUCGAGCUUAUUCUUGAAUAUCUUUCAUGUCAAUCUCAUUCAAUUGCUUUCCCUGAACUUUCAUUUUUCACUUUGAGAAAGAUACGAAAAUUUUCAAAGAAAUCUACCCUUGCCCAUCAUGGAAAAAUGAUGAAAAAAUUGGGGGAUAAGAUAGAGGAAACUGUAAAAUUAAUCGAAGAGAAAAGGAAACAUGUAAACUUUGCUUUGAAAGACGAAAAUGCAAUCAAUCAAUGGCAAAAUGAACUAAGAGACAAAGGAACACCAUUGACUAAAUACUUCACCGAAUGGCAGAAAGAAAUGGCAAAGAAAAAGGAAGAAGAAAUUGAAGAAGAGGAAGAUGAGGAUGAAGAUGAGGAUGAAGGAGAUGCUAUUAUGAAAUGGGAAGAUGACGAUGAAGAAAAUGAUGAAGAUAAUGAAGAUGAUUAUGUAGAUAAUGAAGAGGAUGAAGAUGACGAUGAGGAAGUCGAAGAAGAUGAGGAAUCAGAGCCAGAUGAAGAAACACCACCUCCAAAGAAAAAGAAGAAAAAAAAUUGUCUACAGUUUAUUAUGCCACCAAUACUUGCUUUUAAGUUACCAAUUCUAUUGUCCAAGCCUCUUGAUAACCAAUUACUCACCUUAUAUUUGAUUCGAUCAAAUCCUCACAAGAAACCUUAUGAUCCAAAUUAUUUAGAGAAAAAGAAAAGAAAACGAUCAAAGACCAAGAGUAAUAAACCUCCACAAGAAUCUGUUCAACCAUCUAAAUCAUUACAAAAUGAAUCACCAAAAUGUAAACCAAUUCCUGCGGCUACUAAAGAGUCAACAAGUAAACCAGUUAAAUCAAAAGAAUCUAAAUCUAAUUCUAAAUCUAAAACAAAACCUUCGACUAAAUCUAAACCGUUAUCACAAUCCAAGACUGUCUCUAAAUCAAAGGAAUCAUCAACCUCAAAGACUGCAAACAAAUCUUCACCCUCUGUAGCAAAUUUAAUAUCUAGUCAAGUAUUAAGUAUCCCAUCAACAUCUAAGGAAAUAUCAACACAGUUUAAAAAUGUUCCCACUACCAAGACAACCCCGAAAAAAAGGUCAUCUCAAUCUUCAUCCAACACCGGGACUCCAUCGACUAGUCGAAGUGAUUCAACAGCACCAAGAACACCAUUAAAAUCAAAUUUGAAGUCACUUCUAUCCAGUUAUCCAUCGCCAAGUCCCCCCAAACCAAAGCAACUGAAAAAGGAACCUAAAGUUUCAACUGUUUCCAGUGUUUUCGGAGGUUUUAAGAUUCCAAAGAAGUCAAAAGUUAUCCCUAAAUCUGACGAGAAAAUGACAAUUCCCAAAAGACUUCAACCUUCGGGUUUUAGUCCACUUGAUUCAAUAAUCGGGCCGUCAAUCUCUGGUGAAGAUAAAUCAAGGCCAAGUGUGUCCUCGACUCCGGGAAAAUUUGAUUUAAGUCAAUCUCUAGUGAAUCAGAAUACUGAUUUAGAUCCAUUGGAAAGUGAUGAGCCAGAAUUAGGAUUUGAUCUCUAUGGAGCUGAAGAACCAAUUAGUCAACCAUUAGAAGAAGAUUUUAGUAGCGAAAAUAUUGACCCGCUAAUUAGAGAGGAAGAUGAAGGAGAACAACAAGAACAACAAGGAGAAGAAGGAGAAGAAGAGGAAGAGGUGGAAGUGGGAGAAGAAGCUAAAGAAGAAAUAGCCGAGGAAGAAGAAGAAGAAGAAGAAGCCGAAAAUUUUGAUAAUUGGCGUUUAGAUGAUCCUAUGGAUGAAAGUUGUCCGACAUCUUUACCAGAAGAAUCAAUUUUAAAGCAAUUAGACGAUGAAAGUGAAAGCUCAGAGGAUGAAGGAAAUUUCAAACGUCGAGGAGUGAAAAAUAAAGUCGAUAUAAAAACAGAAACGAUCUCAAAACGAAAAGGGCGCGAUGAGGUUGUCCCGCCGAGAAAUGAUUUUAAAUGUUCACAAUCAACACCAUUAAAGCCCAAAGUCAUCCCAUUACGUUCAUCUUCAUCUAGACCACAAAUUCCAGCAUCACUUUCGCCUCCUCGAAAUUUACCUUCAACCUCACAACCACAACACAAACACAACCACACCACACCACCACCACCACCACCAACACCAUCAUCUACACCAUCAUCAUCUUUGAGACCUACAGUACAAUCAAUUAUCACUAAAAUCUCAAGCAUCGAAUCGUCAGAUGAUGCAAUGAAAAAUUUCCUCGAAGCUUAUAAACGUUUCCCUAAGCUUUUCGCUGUUGCUGUUCCCCGUUUUCAGACUCUAUUCAGAACUUUAUUGCUCAAUUUAUUUCGAGAUUUGAAUUUCAUGUUUAACCAAGAAAAAUUUACGAUUUUACUCAAUCAAAUGCGACAACUUGGUAUGGAUGAAAGUUACAAUUGGGAAGAGAUUAUCUGUUCAUGGGGAAAAAAUUACGAAACCUUAUUAUCCAAUCAAGCGAAAUUAGAAAAUAUGAUUAAAGUGAUUACCCAUAUUUACAAUCAUCUACAAUCAAAUAAGAUCUUGAUUAAUUUACCGGCGGCCGGACUAUUGUAUGAAAUGAAAAUGGUUAAAAAUGAGUGAUCAUUAAUCAAGAGGGAAAAAUAUCUGUUAUAUUAAUCAUGUUAUUAAGUAAUUGAUUAAUCAAUUAAUUCAAUUGUCAACGUAUUCUCCUUUAUUAUUUAUCUUUACCAUUUGAUUGUUAAUUAUCAUCAUCAUCAUCAUCAAAUAAUCAUGGAAACAAAAAGGUUUGAUUAUAAUUAAGAUUAAUCUUGUUUUCAUAAAUCAUAAAUAUAUAUUUCUUAUUAAUAUUUUUUUAGUUUUAUAUGAUAAAUCAAUCAAUCAUCAUCAAUCAUUUGAUUAUAAAUUCACAUCGAUAAUCACACAAUCAAAUCAAAGUUUACUAAUUAAUAAACAUGAUUUAAAAAAGAU